CUGGGCUGCGCCUCUGGCUUCAUGGCCGCCCCCACUUCCGGCCUGGGCCUCCUGGGUUACCUGCUGCUUCUGCUUCUACUGGCUACCCCAACGUGGGUCACAUCAGUUAGUGACCAGGCAAAUUCACUGAGCAGUGAUGUGGCCUGUGGCCAGCCAGUUCUGCAAGGCAAGCUCUUGGGUGGAGCGUUGGCUCGUGAUCGGAAAUGGCCGUGGCAGGUCAGCGUGCAUUACUCUGGCGUUCACGUCUGUGGUGGCUCCAUCCUCAAUGCCUACUGGGUGCUGACGGCAGCACACUGCUUUUCCAGGGAGAAGAAACUCCAAACCUUUGACAUGUACGUGGGCAUCACCAACCUUGAGAUGGCCAACAAACAUACCCAGUGGUUUGAGAUUAACCAGGUGAUCAUUCACCCCAACUUCGAAUUGUUCCACCCUGUCGGAGGGGACGUAGCACUAGUGCAGUUGAAAAGCCCCAUCGUAUUUUCUGACUUCGUGUUGCCAAUUUGCUUGCCACCUUCCAACCUGAACCUCAACAAUUUGUCUUGCUGGACUACUGGAUGGGGGAUGAUCUCACCACAAGGUGAAACUGGGAAAUACCUAAUGGAAGCCCGGUUGCCACUAAUCCCUAAGUUCCAGUGUCAGCUGCUCUAUGGAUGGACAUCCUACCUCCUGCCAGAAAUGUUGUGUGCUGCAGAUAUCAAGAAUAUUAAGAAUGUAUGUGAGGGUGACUCUGGCAGUCCACUGGUAUGUAAGCAGAACCAGACCUGGUUGCAGAUUGGAAUAGUGAGCUGGGGACGUGGUUGUGCCCAACCCCUGUACCCAGGGGUGUUUGCCAAUGUCUCCUAUUUUUUGAGUUGGAUCCGUUAUCAUGUGGAAACCACACCCAAUCCCCCUCAGAUACUCCCCUCCCUUACUUCAUCUCUGAGAAACACCCUAAGCAUUUUUGUGACCAUAAUGGGGAGCCUGUUGGUUUUGUGAGGACUUAGAUACCCACCCCCUUGGGCUGCCUCAUGCCCUGUUUCCAUCCUCUAUAGAUCUCCAAUCCUGCAUCCAUGCAUCUUGUUCCAUGAAGUCAAGACACUUGUCCCAGAUUCUAAGUCUGUAGGAGGCUGAGGAAGAGAAGUGGAGAGGGGCAGGACCAGGAGGGAGAAUUGGGGACAAUCGGGGUGAGCCAAGAGCUUGGGUUCUACUCAUGUGACAGUCAAACAUUAUUAAAGAUUUGUG